AUGGCGCCAACGGUUUCUAUAAGGCUACACCCAUCCUGUAAUGGUGAAUACUAUACUGAACGUGAAAUUAUAUCAGGGAGUAUAGUUUUAGAAUUAAAAGAGCUUACGUAUAUCGAACGGUUAACGGUUUCGCUAAGGGGGAUUACUCAGACGACAACUAUUAUAGAAACAGAUAGAUAUCAUGCUCAACAGUCUAAACAAAAGUUAAGAUGGCCAUAUGAGAAAGAUAGAUCAACUCAUGUGGUAUUUAAUGAGUCAAUUAUUUUGUUUCCUUCAAAAAAGGUGUCGGAUGUAUUAGGAGAAGAAGAGGGCGGGUUUGGUGUUACGCAAGGCAGAUAUUGCUAUAACUUUAGCUUCCAACUGGCUGGUAAUCACAAAUGUUUAUCACAACACCAAGCUAAAUAUGAGUCAUUUUUGGAGGGCGAGAAAGCCGUUAUUAAUGGAAGCCAUUUGCCACCUAGUUUUAACGAUUCCAAUAUUGGGAAGAAUCCUGAGAGCGUCGAUUUAUUUUUUUAUUCAUUAGGAAGGGUUCGUUAUGUUCUAAAAACAGAUCUGACAUUAGGAGAACCCCAAAAGUAUUCUUUAGCUCCUGGUUCCUUGAUAGCGGAUACUCAGCUAAUUAAAUUUAUGCCAACGCAAUGCAACUCUUGUACCGAUCCGUGUCAGUAUAUGGUAAAUCCUUCUAGAGCGGUACUAAGUUACUGUUCACCGGAAGUCCUACUUCCCGGCGACGCCGGCAAUGUCACCCUACAGGUGAAUUCCAAAGGUUUAGACCAACUGCAUAGGAUGGAUUACCUGUUUAAACAAAAUACCGAUAAAUUUGAUAGGCUGCAGUUGUUAUUUAACAAACCUUCAUAUGGGCUUGAUAUAAAAUUGGUGUAUCUCCAACUGGAUCUAAUUGAGCAUGUUGACUACCUUGCAAAUAAUAUAAAAAACAAUAAUAUUUCACAACUCACAGUUAUGAUUGAGAAAAUGGAUUAUAAUCUUUCAUUAGAGAAGCUCCAUCAAACAAAAAAUGAUAUGUGGGAGUUACCAAUAGAGUUGGGGUGGAAUGCGAACUUGAAUAGACUAAGGUUCAAUGAAGAAAAUUAUACACAUAGGGGUAACAAGUUGUUUAGCUUUACCAGCUGUAAUAUUGAAAGACGGUUCUGGCUAAAGCUUAAGCUUUCUUGGAAGAUACAGGGUAUGCCAAUUAAUACGGAAGUCAUCAUAGACCCUGUUACGGUGUUUGCUGACGUAGCACAGUCGCUGAUCAUACAGCCCCCUCCGGAGUACGAGGAACCUCCACCGAAGUACGAAGAAAUACUGCCAUAA